AACGGUUUAGUAGAGAAUUAAAUGGUGAUCACAAGACAUCUGGACCACCACCCUGCACAGUGUUUCCAGUUUGACCACUUCUCUGAAACGACACCGAAUCGCACAGAAUGAGGAACUUGUAAAGUAGCUGCAGUCGCAGUGUUUCGAGAUUGCUGGGUGUCGUUAGUCUAGAAAAUCGCACGGUACAUUUAUCUUCGUCUACAUGUCCUUUUGAGAGACAUUAACAGUGUUUAAUAGUUGAGUGUUUUACACUCAUAGCGACUGGUGAUCCAACUGGGGUAUCUUCUGUAGAAAUAUUGAUGGGCCACAAGGCGUAUUUGCAUGAUUUUACAGUGAAGUAUCUCUAAAGAAAAGCUACAUAACAGCGAUAUUCAUCGUUAGCUUCGUGCUCCACCAUUUUGACACCAAGUUUGUAACGAUGCAGCCAAAACAAGUGGCAGCAAUUGGGCUGAUCUCUGGCAUCAUCUUUUUUAAGUUCAUCUCAAUGGUUGAGCAUAAUGAAUGUGAAGACAAAGGACAAUACAGAGCGGCUAACGGGUUUUGCUGCCACCUCUGUCCUCCAGGAAGCAGGUGGCUUUAUGACUGCUUUUACAAUGGCGACCAAUCUUUAUGUACAUCUUGCAUCCCAGGGAAGGACUACAUGGACGUUGCAAACCGUGAUCCUAAAUGCAAAAAGUGCAGCACCUGCAAUCUUCUCUAUGAAGAUUUUCAACAGGACUGUAAUGUCACUAGUGACACCAUGUGUCAGUGUAAGGAUGGAUACAGUCGGCCUGAUCCUUCACAGCCUUGUGAAGUUACAUCAAAUACAGAAAAAAACAUUACAAUUCUUGCUGGAAUUGUGACCUUCAUUCUUCUGGUGGCGGUGGUGGCCUUAUUGAUUUGUCGGAAGAAGAAAUGCUCAUACCCCUUUGGUGAUUCUGGCAAAGGGACGGAGACUGUGGCACUUCUUAGUGUGAAAGUGCCCAAGGAUGUCCUUGAGGAGCCACGAAUGUUCAUCGAGAAGAGAAUGAAGUCUAGUAAUGCUGAAGUUUGGCGGCAGUUCCAUGAGUUGCUGCCAGAAGUGUAUAAAUCCAUCUUUGAAAACACCUUCUAUUUCUUGUACGAGAUGGAUAAAAAAUACAAGAUUAAUAUACACGUGUACUGGGGGGUUUAUGAAAUUACUGACAUCUCAGCACGUGCAAUUUUUAUACUCAAUUUCUUUAUUCUUGAGGGUGAGGAGAAGUGUCAAGGGCUCCUGGAGAUGAUCCUUGCAGGACAGAAUAAGCAAACGCAGCUGCAGACCCUGCUUGACUCUGCCGUAAAAUGCUCUCCAACUCUUAAUCCAAACACUGCACAUGAAGAACUUAACAUCUCAGAUGAUGGGAAGACAGCAGAAUGGCUCAAGAGCCCUCCAGAAAAACCCGAUCACCCAGAUCGGUUCAAAUACUGGUCACAGGUGCUGUCUGCUGAGAGUUUCUCUGAAGGAUGCCACUUCUGGGUGGUGAAUGUGGGGGACGUGGACAACCUUCGUGUUGGUGUCUCUUACCAGAGUAUUCAACGUAAAGAACCAGACAGUGCAUGCCUGGUUGGAUUUAACAGCAGGUCCUGGUGUUUAUGGAAACACAAGAACAAAUACAAGGCCUGGCACGACCAGCAUAGCACGGAGCUGGAAGUGGGUGAACAUCCUCGCAGAAUCGGUGUUGGCUUGGACUAUGAUAAACGGGUUCUGUUAUUUUACAAUGCUGACAACAAUAAGCAUCUACACACAUUUUAUGCUCACUUCUCUGAACCCCUGCAUGUUUGCCCUAUGGGUGUGGUCUGGGGUCCUCACUAUUGA